CUGCGAAGCUGGGAGUUGGUCGAAGUGCUGCUGCUGCUUCUGCUGUUGCUGCAGCAACCUUCGGGACAGGACGCUGACUUGGCGUACGGGGCUUCGUCAUAGGCUCACACUCUCGCUUUCUUUCGACACGCGAGCUCGGCUGCGCACUGUGCUGUGUGGGAAUUGCGAUCCUUGAAGACACGAGGCGCCUCCACGACCUUCACCGCGACGCAUGUGGUCGGGUGGUUUCCCGCUACUCCCUGCAGGUCUUUCUGGGACUGAAUCGGCGCAUUGCGUGGUAGAGGGGCGUCGAGGAGGAGCGUUGAGGUACCCGGGUUGGGUUUACUCUCGGGGUGCACUGCUUUGGGCUCUACAUUCUUGAGGAAAUUCUGAAGCUCUUUUCCACUGCUCUAGUUCGAGUGAUGGCUUUAGCCAUGACUGCCCUUAUUGCGCUUCCUUCGCUGCAGGGCAUCACGCGGGCUUCCUUCCCUUCCCUGGAUUCGUCUGUGUCCUUGAGACAACCUGACUCGUGCGCUUCUAGGGUCAUAGCCAUAUUUGGCUUUGGAAAAAACCCAUGUAUUUCAGGAAAAUCUCACGUAUCUCCUCUACGAUCUUCUUCGGCUUCUUCUCCAGCCUUUGGAGGCGAUGAACCGAAUACAAAUCUAGGAGGCGGAAAUGGGGCUGGGCUUAAUGGAGGAGGUGGCUCUGGCGGUGGUGGUGGCGGUGACUCACAUGGGAAGGAUGAGAGUAACAGCGGAUCUCCUGGUGGAAUUUUCGGUGGUUUAUGGGAAGGAUGGAAUGACAGGAUUCGCGCUGAUCCCCAAUUUCCCUUCAAGGUGUUGAUGGAGCAGAUUGUUGGGGUGGGAGCAUGUGUGCUGGGUGACAUGGCUACCAGGCCCAACUUUGGACUGAACGAGCUUGACUUUGUCUUUUGCACACUUGUGGUGGGCUCUAUCCUGAACUUCGCGUUGAUGUAUAUGCUAGCCCCCACAAGCGCUAUUGGAGCAGUAGCCACCCGUCUCCCAGGAAUUUUCGCCAGCUGUCCAGCUGGUCACAUGUUCGAGGCUGGAAACUAUUCGUUACUCGAUCGUGCGGGUACCUUUAUAUACAAAGGUGGACAGUUUGCAGUGGUUGGGUUUGCUGCAGGUCUUGUGGGUACUGUCAUCUCUAACACCUUAAUAAUGAUAAGGAAGAAGAUGGAUCCCAAUUUUGUUGUCCAAAACGAAGCCCCGCCAACACUUCUGAACGCUUUGACUUGGGCUCUUCACAUGGGCUUGAGUAGCAACUCUCGGUAUCAGUCCUUGAACGGCUUGGAGUUUGUCCUUGUAGACAAGCUACCCCCAUCAGUGUUCAAAACUGGUGUGUUGGUAGUUCGCGCUUUGAACAAUGUGGUUGGUGGCUCUUCUUUUGUAGCACUCGCCCGCAUUACCGGCUCCCAGAAAUCUGGCUCGUCUUUCAGUUCUUCAGUAGAGGAGAAAUUAGAUGCUGCAGAAGAGAAAUUGUUGGAAGCCGUGGAUGGAACCGUUGGAAGUCGUGGAUGAAGAGGCAAGUAGACAACGACUCCCAUCGUUAGUCUGCUUGUAGGCUACUGGAUAUCAGCACACUUUGGACCUCCCAGUUUUGCCCAAGUUUUUGAUAUUAUCAGUGAGCGACGAGAGGUGAAGUCUGGGCAAUUGACUUGACCUUCCACGUGUAGCUACUCUUACGCUUCCAGCUUUCAGGUUUGCAGUCUUUGUGACUGCUGUAUGAUAGAUCUGAUGAAGCUUAGGAUUGUCGCUGUGUUAACAUCCAGAGCUCGUCUUUUGAGGUUGCGGAAUGUUGCAGCUGAGCUUGCAUCUUCCUGUCUGGGUCAAACGAGGACAAGUCAUGGACCUCUUUUUCCAGAAUACUGGUGCAGAUUUUAGACCUUACCAAAGGUUUUGGAAUGCCUUGGCAUGCUUUUCUGCUUUUUUAAUUUAAAACUGUCGACUGCUUAGUUUGUGCCGCACGGCUGAUUAA